AGUGCGCUGGGAGCCUCCGGCCGGCAGCCGGGCGCGCGGAACAUGGAGAGCGAGCGCGAUGUGUACCGCCAGUUCCAGGACUGGUGCCUCAGGACUUAUGGGGACUCGGGCAAGACCAAGACGGUGACCCGUAAAAAAUACGAGCGCAUCGUCCAGCUCCUCAACGGCUGCGAGUCGAGCUCCACGGACAACGCCAAAUUUAAAUUCUGGGUCAAAUCGAAGGGUUUCCAGCUGGGCCAGCCGGACGAGGUCCGCGGGGGCGGCGGCGGCGCCAAGCAAGUGCUUUACGUGCCGGUCAAGACCACGGAUGGCGUAGGGGUAGAUGAGAAGCUAUCUUUGCGGCGGGUAGCUGUGGUUGAAGAUUUCUUUGACAUUAUCUAUUCAAUGCAUGUGGAAACAGGGCCAAAUGGAGAACAAAUUCGGAAACAUGCUGGACAAAAGAGAACUUACAAAGCAAUUUCAGAGAGCUAUGCCUUCCUACCAAGAGAAGCGGUGACACGAUUUCUAAUGAGCUGCUCAGAGUGCCAGAAAAGAAUGCAUUUAAACCCAGAUGGAACAGAUCAUAAAGAUAAUGGAAAACCUCCCACUUUGGUGACCAGCAUGAUUGACUACAACAUGCCAAUUACCAUGGCCUAUAUGAAGCACAUGAAACUGCAGCUGCUAAACUCACAGCAAGAUGAGGAUGAAAGUUCAAUAGAAAGUGAUGAAUUUGAUAUGAGUGAUUCAACACGGAUGUCAGCUGUGAAUUCUGACCUCAGCUCCAAUCUUGAGGAAAGGAUGCAAAGUCCCCAGGCUCUUCAUGGCCAACAAGAUGAUGAUUCUGCCACAGAGAGCUUCAAUGGCAACGAGACUCUGGGGCACAGUUCAGUCGCUUCGGGGGGAACACACAGCAGGGAGCUGGGCGACUCCAACUGUGAUGGCAAAGCGGGGCUGGAGCAGGACGAGCAGCCCCUGAACCUGAGUGACAGCCCCCUGUCAGCGCAGCUGACUUCGGAGUACAGAAUAGACGACCAGAGCACUAAUGGAAAAAGCAAAUACAAGAACCUUCUGAUUUCCGACCUCAAGAUGGAACGAGAAGCCAGAGAAAAUGGAAGCAAGUCCCCUACGCAUAGCUAUUCAAGCUACGACUCGGGCAAAAAUGAGAGUGUGGAUCGGGGUGCUGAGGAUCUGUCUCUAAACAGGGGAGAUGAGGAUGAAGAUGACCACGAUGACCACGAAGAUUCUGAGAAAGCUAACGAGACAGAUGGCGUGGAGGCUGAGCGGCUAAAAGCUUUUAAUAUGUUUGUCAGGCUGUUUGUAGAUGAAAACUUGGACCGAAUGGUCCCAAUCUCUAAGCAGCCCAAAGAAAAGAUCCAGGCUAUCAUUGACUCAUGCAGGCGACAAUUCCCUGAAUAUCAAGAGCGUGCCCGAAAACGCAUACGUACUUACCUCAAGUCCUGCAGGCGGAUGAAAAGAAGUGGUUUUGAGAUGUCUCGACCUAUUCCUUCCCACCUUACUUCAGCAGUUGCUGAGAGUAUCUUGGCCUCAGCUUGUGAGAGUGAGAGUAGAAAUGCCGCCAAGAGGAUGCGCCUGGAUAGACAACAGGAUGAGUCUGCUCCAACAGACAAACAGUGUAAACCGGAGGCAGCCCAGGGCACUUACUCAACCUCAGCUGUUUCAGGCUCCCAGGAGGUGUUGUACAUCAACGGAAAUGGGACCUACAGUUACCAUAGUUACAGAGGGCUCGGAGGGGGACUGCUAAAUCUGAAUGAUGCAUCUAGUAGUGGACCCACUGAUCUCAGCAUGAAGAGGCAGUUGGCGACCAGCUCAGGAUCAUCUAGCAGUUCAAGCUCCAGACCUCAGCUGAGUCCAACUGAAAUCAACGCAGUGAGACAGCUGGUUGCGGGAUAUCGAGAAUCCGCCGCAUUUUUACUGCGUUCCGCAGAUGAACUGGAAAAUCUUAUUUUACAACAGAACUGA